AUGGUGUUUUUUCUCGGAAGAAGCGCGUUCGGCGGAAAUGUGUCCCGUUUUGUCCACUCUGCAUCGGCGCUUCCCGCGUCCCUCGCGGCAGGGCAGAGGUCGCUUCACGCCGGCGAACGGGCCUCGCUGAGCAAAACAUUCAGCGCCAGAGACGUGGCGCUUUUCGCUGAGCUGACGGGGGACACGAACCCUCUCCACCUCGACCCCGAAUACGCCAGGACGACCUCUUUCGAGGCCCCCAUUGUUCACGGGGUGCUGAUUAACGGCCUGAUCUCGGCGGUCCUGGGGACCAAGUUGCCCGGGAAGGGCUGCGUAUUCCUCUACCAGGAAAUACGCUUUCCGGCGCCCCUUUAUGUCGGGGAGGAGGUUGUGGCGGAAGCGGAGGUCAAGAAGAUCAAAAUGUCCUUCGCUUUUAUUUCCGUUUCCUGCGCUGUCAAAGACAAAGUGGUCAUGGAGGGAGAGGUCAUGGUCAUGAUGCCGCGGGACGCGCAACAAUCGGGAACUUGAGCGAUUUUCGCUUUUCCACGCGCUUUCGGGAAUUAAUUGCUUGCUCGUUUUUGUUCUUCUGAAAUGCAACGCUCAUAUAUUCUUUUUGUUUUGUUCGGUGAGUUUGAAUAAAAAUAGUGUGAGAAAAUAAA